GAAAAAACCCUCAGACUUAAAACAAGCCUCCUUCAAACCCUCCGUCAGUCCUGCAGGAGAAAAGGGGCGGUCGGCUUUCUCCUUUCAAGAACGAGUUAUUUUCAGCUGCUGACUGAAGACGGGCGCACGUCUGGAUACAAGAGCGUUUCCACUAUGGGACUGGAUACAGACGUGCAAGAGGCAGAUUUAAAGAGUCUCAGCCUGAGGAGAAAACCCUUCCCGCUGCCGCUGCCGCUGCCGCCGCUGCCGCUGCCGCUGCCCUUGAGGUUUCGUUCCUUUCAUGGUUUCUCCUGCCAAAGCAGAGGUACCUUCGCCGCUGUUCUCUUUGGUGCCAUUCAGCGGCAGGUUAGAGGAUGAAACUCCCAAGACUCCUCACUUUCUUGCUCUGGCACCUGACUUGGUUGGACCUAGAUCUUAUCAGCACUGUUCUGAGUGCCCCAGACCUGGCACAGAGAACCUCAGGGUCCAGACCGGGACUGGCCAAGGCAGAAGCCAAGGAGCGUCCCCCUCCUGCCAGAGGCAGCUUCAGGCCGGGGGGACAUGGCUUCAAUGGGGCAGCCACUAAUGCCAGGGCAAAGGGCAGCGCCAGCCACGCUGGAGGCCAUCUACCCAAGAAGGAUCAGCCCAAAAAGAUGCCCUCGAGAGCCGGAGGUCCUGAGCCCAAGCCAGAAAUCCCCCAGGCAAGGCAGGCGGGAGCUCGGACUGUGACCCCCAAAGGGCAGCACCCUGGUACCAAGGGUCCUCCAAAGGGUGGCCCCGGUUCCAGUACUUUCCUACUGAAAAAGGCCAAGGAGCCGGGGCUCCCAAUCGAGCCCAAGGAACCUUUCCGACCGCCCCCAGUCACGCCCCAUGAGUACAUGCUCUCCCUGUACAGGACGCUGUCGGAUGCUGAUAGGAAGGGAGUCAAUGGCAGCGUGAAGCUGGAAGCUGGGCUGGCCAACACCAUCACCAGCUUCAUAGACAAAGGGCAAGAUGACAGAGGUCCUGCAGUCAGGAAGCAAAGGUAUGUGUUUGACAUCAGUGCUCUGGAAAAAGAUGGGCUAUUGGGAGCUGAGUUACGGAUCCUGCGGAAAAAGCCCUCAGAUGGGUCAAAGCCAUCUCUCCCUGGGCGGCCAGCCCAGCUGAAGUUGUCUAGCUGCCCCAGUGGCCGGCAACCAGGCAUCCUGCUUGAUGUACGUUCUGUGCCAGGUCUGGAGAGCCCCCGUUGGGAAGUGUUUGACAUCUGGAAGCUCUUCCGAAAUUUUAAGAAUUCAGCUCAGCUGUGUUUGGAGCUGGAAGCCUGGGAUCGAGGCCGUGUCAUGGACCUACGUGGCGUGGGCUUUGACAGAGUUGCCCGCCAGGUCCACGAGAAGGCCUUGUUCCUUGUAUUUGGCCGUACUAAGAAACGUGAUUUGUUCUUUAAUGAAAUUAAGGCUCGCUCUGGCCAAGAUGAUAAAACUGUGUAUGAGUACCUAUUCAGUCAGCGUCGGAAACGGCGGGCCCCCCUCGCGACCCGCCAAGGCAAGCGCCCCAGCAAAAAUCCGAAGGCCCGUUGCAGUCGCAAGGCUCUCCAUGUUAAUUUCAAGGACAUGGGCUGGGACGACUGGAUCAUCGCCCCCUUGGAAUACGAGGCCUUUCACUGUGAAGGACUCUGUGAGUUUCCCCUUCGCUCUCAUCUGGAGCCCACCAACCAUGCUGUCAUCCAGACUCUCAUGAACUCCAUGGAUCCCGAAUCUACUCCCCCUACCUGCUGCGUACCCACCAGGUUGAGUCCUAUCAGCAUCCUUUUCAUUGAUUCUGCCAACAAUGUGGUCUACAAGCAGUAUGAGGACAUGGUUGUGGAGUCCUGUGGCUGCAGGUAGCAGCAUCACCCCUCUAGGCCACCCACUUUUCUCUAUGGUCAUGGCCACUGUCACAUGGUCCUUUCUUUUCCAUCAAUAUCUCCCAAUUUCCCUUUCCAUGACUCUGGCUAGAGAGCCCCUCACCAAAGAGCAUCUCUCUCGGAAGAGCGACCCCCAUCCUAAUUUGGUACCUCCCUGACACCAGCAUCAGUGCUGCUCAGACUCCCAGAGAUUGCCCAUGCCUAGGAAGUACAGACUUGAGAGUGAUGAAGAUAUCAGGAGUCAGUUUUCUUCAGGUUCCCUCUCAGUUCUAGACUCAGUUUCAGACAUUCCACAAAAUAUCCUCUCCUCAGCCUCAGGAACCCUAGGGAAAUCUUGCUGCUUCCUGGGCUCUGCCUGGAAAGAUAGCAUUGGUCUGACUCCACAUACAAAGAGUGUACGGUGACUUUUUCUAUUGCCAGCUUGGCAGAAAGAGGAAUUUAAUGGGCAAGGGUUGGGGAGCAGGGAUGGGGGAAAGGGUAUUAAAUUGUUAUAUUGUUAGAUUAAACUGUACAUUGGCCAAGAUAAAGAAAACACAACUUAGAGCUGUGAUUGAUUCACUCUAUCUUAUUAAAGAUGAUGUUUCCUCCAUUCAGAAUCAAAUUGGGGAGGGGGAACCUUAGUUUUGU